GGGUAGGGGGCGGCGGCGGGGCGAUGGGCAGAGCGCCCGCGGGACGCCCCGCUGCCCGGCUGCCAGCAGCGCCGGCCGGGGGGCUGCGCUAGGGCGGCCCGGCGGCCGGGGCUCCCCCCCCCGCCCCGGCCCGGGCGGCGGCGAGGAUGCAGCACCCGCUGGAGCUGGGGGCCGCGCACUACUUCCCGGCCGAAGCCUUCCCCGACCACCGCUCGCACCGCUACCGCAGCUUCAUGAUAGAGGAGAUCCUCACCGACCCCCCGGAGGCCAAGGGGGCCGCGCAGGCCGGGGAGCUGCUCAAGUUCGGGGUGCAGGCUCUGCUCUCCGCCCGGCCGUACCACAACCACCUCGCGGUGCUGAAGGCGGAGCCGGCCGCCGUGUUCAAGUUCCCGCUGGCUCCCUUGGGGUGCUCGGGGCUGGGCUCGGCGCUGCUGGCUGCCGGGUCGGGGCUGCAGGGCGGCUCCGCUUCGCCCCAUCUCCCGCUGGAGCUGCACCUCCGCGGCAAGCUGGAGCCGGCCCCCCCGGAGCCGGGCAGCAAGGCCAAGAAAGGGCGCCGCAGCCGCACCGUCUUCACCGAGCUGCAGCUCAUGGGGCUGGAGAAGCGCUUCGAGAAGCAGAAAUACCUCUCCACGCCCGACAGAAUAGACCUGGCCGAAUCGCUGGGGCUCAGCCAGCUCCAGGUGAAAACCUGGUACCAGAACAGGCGCAUGAAAUGGAAGAAAAUAGUGUUGCAGGGGGGCGGCCUGGAGUCCCCCACCAAGCCCAAGGGUCGCCCCAAGAAGAACUCCAUCCCAAGCAGCGAGCAGCUCUCUGAGCAGGAGCGAGCCCGGGACGCCGAGAAGCCGCCCGAGAGCCUGGGCUCGCCGGCCGAGGUCGGCCAGGAGGAGUGAGGGUGAUCGCCCGGCCCCACCGCCGCCGGCCCCGGCCGCCCCCGGGGCGCUGCCCGCCGAGCCCGCCGCCGGCCCCGCACCUCUCCGCCCCGCCCGCGGCGGCCCGGGCUAGCGGACGGAGGGCGGCACGGUCAGAGGCUGCGGUCGUCUUCGGUCUCCGGUGAACUGGGCGUUUUGGUCGGUCGCGUCCCCAUUUCCCCCCUACCCCACCCCGCCCCGCCGCUCCUCUCCGCGCCUGCGGAGCGCUGCGCCACGGACGCUGUGUUGUGCGACGGCCCGGAGGGGCCAGGACACUGGAUCCCACCUUUCACAUCUACUCGCUGUCUAAAACCCUGUGGUGCCCCUAGUUAUUC